AUGAUCAACACCAUUCUCACCUCGUCCCAUGGAUGGGAGAACUACCACUGGGCAGUGGCAGUCACCACAAUCGCCAUCUAUAUAACAGUUGUCUGGCUUCUCCGAUACCGUCGCAUGAGACAGAUCCAGUCCCCCUUCAUUCCCGGCAAAAGGCCGCUAUCAUCCAUGACUGUCAAAGAAUCCUACGAAAUUAUCACGCAGCUACAGACUCUUGAAUUCCCAUAUGCAUUCUCCAAGGGCCGCCGAAUGGCAUUGUUAAAGGCCGGAGGAAUCCCAAGCAUGUCCAAGCUCUUCGCCGUGACAGGCCAGAACAACAAGCGCAAUGCCGGGAGACGCGCCGUCGACACGGAAAUCCUCCUGCGGGAGGCCCAGUCCAAGCCGCGAGAUUCUGAUCGAUACGCCGCGGCCGUGGCAAGAAUGAACUAUCUGCACGCACGCUAUCGCCGCGCCGGUAAAAUCACCGACCCGGACCUCCUGCACACGCUCGGCGACGGGCUGGGCGAGAUCCUGAAUGUCGUUUCGCGAGAGGAGUGGCGAGAUUUCACGGCCGUUGAGAAAUGCGCCUUGGGCGUGUUCCAUCGUCAUCUAGGUGAAGACAUGGGCAUCCCAUUCGAUCCACUCCCUUCAGCGUUAGAAGGCUGGACUGAUGGAUUGAAUUUUGCGAUGGAAUUGACGGACUGGACGGUCCGGUAUGAAGAGGAAGUGGCGAAGCCAACGGCGACGAAUGAUCAGUAUGUUAGGGUUUAUGUUGAUUCGGGGCUCUCGUCGCUUCCGGGGUUUAUGAGGACGGGUGUGCGGAAGGUGUUGGGAUAUGGGUUGGAUGAUGUUAUGAGGACGAGUUUGUGUCUUGAGACUCCAGGUCCGAUAUUCUCUUUCCUGCUGGGUUUUAUUCAGGGAGUACGGAAACUGUUCCUGCGAUACCUGGCACUUCCACGUCCCUCGUUUCGCGCUGUGAAACCAGUUCAUGAUACGCCAAACCCGGAAACGAACUUGUAUAACUUCGAAAGGAAGGGCCUGCAGCCAUGGUAUAUGAAGCCCGGCUUUGGGUCAAAAUGGAGACCCGGCGCGUUGCUGGUCAAGGCCUUUGGGGGAAGGGUGCCUGGCUCACACGGAGACCGAUACAUACCCCAGGGAUAUGAUUUGAUGACGAUUGGCCCUGAGCCGCAGAAAGGGAAAGGAAUUGAUGAGAUGGCGAUGGAUGUUGAGAUUAUCAAGGCGAAGGGUGUGGCUACAUGUCCGUUUUCUCAAGCGAAAUCAGGUUUCAAUUAG